AUGGUCGCCGCGAGCACGGCCGCCAGAGCGGCCGCCAGAUCAGCUACUAGAGCAGCGAGGGGAGCGGCAGCCAGUGCUGAAGCGGGUACCAGCUCCGGUGCGAAGAUAGCCAUUGCGAAGAAACCUGGCAAGAACUUGUCAAAUCCAAAAAUACAGGAGACGGUCAGCCCUGUUGUUGUCAGCUCCUGGGAGGCCCUUCGGUUUCCAAGAACGGCAAAACCCAUCCAGGGCAAAGUCAGAGAAACUGGGUCCCGUGCUGCCCUACAAUGGCGGACACAGGAGAGAGCAAGGCUGCGCAAGGCAUUACACCGCCUGACGCAUGGGAAAAAUAUAUUCGCCUACAACAAUAUCCGAACGAAUCAGGUUGUAUAUUCGUUUACGAGAGAGCUUGAGAAAAACAACGUUCUCUCCCAACUAGUCUACCACGGUAAGAAGACCGUACCCGCUACACUGCGCAAGGAUAUGUGGACCCCUUAUUUCUCCCUGCAUUUCCCCUCCACCUCCCUUGGCCUUGAAGCCUACCGCCUUCUCCGCGAGUUCUCCAUGCAGCGGCAACUUGCCCCGCCCGCAGAUAUGAUCACUGCCUCGCAAGACAACGAGGUGCUCACCCGGCAGCGCCCGCGGGACCCCGCCGAAGCCGAGAAAUGGGACGAGGAAUGGAAGAUCCGCAUGGAGCAGCAUCAGUUCCUUAACAAAAAAUUGCGCGCGCGUAUCCUCAUGGACCAAAAGGCUACAAGCGUUGCGGAUGUGGCGGCGGUACUGGCGCUGCAGCAGCAGAAGAUGAAGGAGGAGCAGGAGCGGGAGGCGAGAGAAAAUGAACUAGAAGAUGAGAAUGAAGAAGAAACAGAAGAAGUAGAAGGGGGAGACGGCGAGAAGGUGAAAAAUGAGAGCGGGAAGGUUGGCGAUAAGGAUAAGACGGGCAAGAAAAUCAGCCGAAAGAGACGGAAACGGAUCCAGGCGGCUAUCAGAGCACAGCAGGCGCUGGAGAAGGACACCAUGGACAAGAUCGCCGAAUUGGAACGCAUGCUGCAGGUGAAAAUCGACCCUUCGCUGCCGCCGUCGGAGCAUCACAUCGUCAAUGAAGGCGAGGUCAAGAUGUUUUGGGUGGAUCUGCAUAAUUUGCAGUAUGCCGAGUCAUGGCCAAAAAAUGUCAUCCAUGGUCAGCUGAAGCCUGUUCGGGGCCAUAUCAUGGGCACCGAGCUUGACCUUGCGGCUGGUGAGUUGCUGGCCCUUGGCGGUGCUCCCGCCGCGAAGGGAGAAGAUGGCGAGGGUGCGGAACAGGCUGGCGCUGGUUCCGGUACUUUAGCUAAAGCUGACACUCAGGCUGAGGGAGAGCAAGAGAAGGCGGAUGCCCCUAAGGAAGAGAAGUCGAGGUCGGGUCUCGGGAAGUUGAAGUUCUGGUAG